AUGGCGGUGACCGUGAGAGACGUUAAGGGCACCCCUAUCCUUCCGGUAAUCGAGCACUUCGGGGGCCUGACGGACGAAGAGGAAGACAGCGGUGAUGGCGAUUCUUUGAGACGUAACCGUCGAGCCGCAGGCUUCGUUCCCUCCGACGCCGCCGCCACCGGUGCCGGAAGCGGGGGAGGGGGGGUGACGACGAAGCACCGGCCGCAGCAGGGGCGGGAGGAGGAGGAGAGAAGACCGAUCGAGAGAACGUUCCUGGACCGUUCUCCGCCUCCGGAGUGCGUCGAGGCCGUUCUUCCCGGGGGAUGCACGGCUAGGAAGGUGUCCGCCGUGGGGGUGUGCGUGCUGGCGUUGGUGCUGUCGUACGUUGCCCUUGCGCGCGGUGCGCGCGCGGUAAGCGGUGCGCGCGGCAAGCGAAGGGAGGAGCGAGAGGCGACCCCGCCGGGUAACUUUCCGGCGUCGAUCGUUGCCGGCGGCGGGAACGGCGCAAAUAGCAAAGGGGCUCGGAACGGAACCCGGAACGGAACUCGGAACGUUUCUUGAAGCUCACCCGCCCGCGGGAAACGUUCUUAGCGUCAACCGUUGUCGGUGGCGGGAAAAGUGCAAAUAGGAAGGGGUCGCCGAACGGAUCGGAACAGAACGAACCCGGAACGGAACGGAAUGGUUCGUGAAAGCUCACUGACCCGCAGGGAACGUUCUUGACGUCGAUCGUUGCCGGCGGCGGGAACGGUGCUAGUAGGAAAGGGGCUCGGAACGAUUCUUGAAGCGCACCCACCCACGACGACCACGAUCGGUCCCCAGCUCCUACUUAUCGGUGUAAUAAAUGGCCAUCUUUUCCUCAGAAAUAUCGACACUCGAAUGAGGGGCUCGAAACCGCCGUUGAAUCUGCUGAAGAGAAGCAACGGCGCUGUUGGAUGUCUUUAGUGUUUCAUGGAAAAAACAGGACUGUGGAAAAGGACGCGAGGGUCCUGUUUGCUCGAUUGACGUGCACGUCUCUCUUUUUGUAAAUGUACGCUCGAAGCCGUUCAUCGGUGCGUGCUUGCCACUCAGGGGUAUUCUCAGCCGGACGUCAGUUGGUUGUUGUUCCUAGGCGUGGCGCUGAUUGGCAAGGGGUCGGAGCCAACCGUGGAAAGUGAGAACCGUUCUCAACAACGGCGCUGCUUGUGACGGCGCGACUGGUACGGGCGCCUCGAGGAGAAGUCUUGUGUUUUUCAUUGGUUGCGUCACGUGGUUUGGUUUUUGUCCAUAUUUGUUGUUCAUGUUGUCAUUGUUGUUUUUUCACAGUCAUUGUAUGUCUUGUUCUUGGCGGAGGUCGGCUCUCGGGGUCAGGCUUUGGGAAGUAGACUAUGGGAAACGGGUGAUGAUGAUUCUCGUUAUCGGUACCUCCCCCCCCGCCCUAUGGGAUGCCUGCCGCCGGGCCGUACUAUAUCUCGUGUUCGCUGUAUUCAUAUGCGUACGCGUGUGUCUUGAGGGUUGAUGUGGUUCGACUCCCCUGUGCGUUUGUCAAGGAAACCACUGGUGGUCUCUGCCAGAGGGGCGUUGUUGUGUCCACCGUCGACAGCGAGCGGGCGUCUCAGGUGUUGUAGUGUUGAAUUGUUGCAGACGGGCCACCACUUACUAGGCUCGGUACGACAGUAGUCUCUUACUUUCUCUGCAGGGCAACCAACGUCGAAUGUAUAGGUUCUAGCUCAGGGUUCCUGUCCUGAGCACCUAUUGUUUGGUCAGGUUGAAAUGGCCACUCAAUGGAGCCUGGAUUUUAUUCACUUCGAAAGGUCUCUGUGUAUUGGUAGAUUAUGUUUUAAGGUGCGCGAAUGCAUGUAAUAGAGUGUAUGUACGCGCUAGACGUGGAAGGUUUCGAACUUAGCGUCAGCGUCACAUCAGCAGCAGGAGCUGCGUGGGGUUCCCUUGGCAUUCUCCGUCGACCAACGUCGUUACGUCUACUCUGAGUCUGUACUUGGUGAAGUUGCAGCAUUUGUAUUUUAGAGUAGCAUCGGGUGUUACGAAGUGAAUUUAUGCUUUUCGGCGUUCACAAGAGUUGAUGUAAUACAAAACCAAUAGUUGCAUUUCUUUUCACAUGUGUCUCUCGGCAUAAGAUGAUGGUCGCCAGACAAAAUGCUUUCAACAAAAUAUGAGUCUGAUCGGCAGAACGUGUCACACUUGCGUCACGGUUGUAUGGUUUCCCACCCCCGAGAAUAUUGUCGUCGUGCCUAUGUUUGCACACUUUGCAGUUUGCAGGGGUGGGUACAGCCCGUAGCGUUACGACGGACGAUGUAUGGGCCCUCCCUGUGAUCAGCUGUCGCCUCUCCCGUCUACUUCCUAAACGGCUACUGUUGUACUAUUCUAAAUAGAAUCGAGGGGUUUUCUUUUUUUUCUGCUCACUUGGCUGCGUUCUCGGUGCUGGAGGAAUGGAGUCCCGAAUAAGAUCUGUACACGGUGGUGGUUCAUCCGUAGAAAAAUGAUGCGCAAUCCAAACCGUCGGCAAGUGGGAAAAUGA